CUGGGAGCGAAUUCAGUGUUGAUGCUGGUCGUUAGGUGUGUUUCGAGCUGCUCGCAUCUGUACCGGUUCGCCCCGCUGAGUUGUCUGAAGGUCCAAAACCAAUGUUGCUCCUUUGCAUUUUGCUGUGCUAACUUCGACUCAGGUAAAACCGAAUGGAAUUUCAAGUCGCUGAAAUGAUGAAACCUACCUCAUCCGACGGGACUAUAAUGCAAGGCACCGGACAUUUCGUACCUAACAUUCAGUGUGGUGUGAACAUUUCCUCUUUCGGUGUCGUUCAUGUGUUGCGAUGCGCAGAUUGUGGCUUCGAGACAAUCAUGCGAGAACGCUUCGUUGCUCACACCCCUUGCGCGAGCAAACAAGAACAGUAUUCCCUGUACACCUGUUCCCAAUGCGGAGCGUGUUCUACCUCACGUGUGUUGAUGCAGGAACACGGAGAAUUUUGUCAUCCAAAUAAAACGUUCAGCAUUGAAGAAAGUGUUGAGGAAUUUAAACCCGCACUUAAAGGACACUUAUUUCAGUCGAAGAACAGGCCAUCUCCACCACAAGACACCCGAAACACACCUUCCCGUUUUAAUGUAACUCCUGAUGCACUAUCCACAAAUAGAACACCGUCCAACAACACCACCGGUCAGCGAGAACCAUGCCAUCACACCAGCGCGCAUCAGAUAAGCGUCAAACCGGAAGCAUUCAAUUCCAUCAAGCAGAUUAAUCCACUUGAGAGUUCCACACAUUCUUCGCUCCCUCACUUUGCCAACCACUUCAGCAAUUCUCAUGGAAAACAAGUGUUAAAUCAACAACUCACCCAAUCAGAACAGUCUCGACUGAGUGCCGAUACUCAAUGCUCUCUGUGUCAUCAGAUGGCUGGCUCGAGCAUGGAAGAUUUAGCGAAGCACUUGGCUCUCGUACACUUGCUUCCACUCCCUUCCAUUUUGACACAUCUUUCUGUGGCAAUGAUGGCACAAGCGAAGAUUGCUACUUCGGCUGAUCCCAUUGGACCAGGCAAAUCCCUACCAUGUACGCACACCACUGGAAGAACCGUGGACAGCUUACAUUGGUGUCCGACUCAGGACUACUCGGUGGCCACUUCGUCGUUGUCACGCGUCCACAAACAGUCAUUGAAGCGAGGCCACAGCCCAAACGAUAUUGACAACAGAGACCUCAACUUCCCGACAUGCGUUACUGAGACCAGUCCGACUCCCUAUCCAGGACUGGUCUGUCCACAGUGUUCGAAUGGGUUUCCGAGCAUUUACCAACUGCAGAUGCACUUUGUACAGGAGCACAGUUCGGAGCUUGGAAGUCUAUUGAACCUGAGUACCGCGUUGACCACGGGACGCGUCCCUUUCCCCAUCCAUCCACAGUUGUUUUACCCUUUUGGUGUUCCAUUCACCCAGCCGAGCAACCUUGUUCCCCCUCUUCCGAAUCUCUACACUCGCGACUCAGUUACACAGCCUCCCUCGAAAUGCACGCAAAGGAUACUUCCCAACACGGAUGGUCUUACAUUCUCGGACUCGUCGAGGACAGAUUCUGAAAAUCAGACCAUUCAAGGACCUCCUGUCCCUCCCAUCAACCUCAUGCAGCUACAUUUGGCCGCGGCGGCUGCAGCCCUUGGGUUCCCAUACCAGCCAGACCUUUCCACGUUGUCCCACGACACCAUUCCGACCGCUUCCGAUGGGAAUGGGACUUGUGGAGCUACAGUCGGGUCCACAAGCCCUGAUGAGAUCGUAAGCACCAAUGAUGUGAGUCUAACGUAUCCGGACGCAAAAAGGUCACGCAUGCAAACGAGUUCUGACAAUUUGGAUAUAACUACCCGAACCAAUGGAUUGAUGGGGAACGACGGGGCCUCUUCGCAAUGGCUGAACGGGGUCUUUGCCAAUCAAGUCAACAAACAAUCCAUUUUUGCCACCAAGUCCAACGCAAAGCCACCAGAAUGCAUUUACCAAUCUGUGUUCAAACCUGAGCUAUUUGCGCACCCCACAGCGACAGUGGCGGCAGCCACCAUGGUCCCGCCAAACUUUUCGCCAGUGAGUGGUAACUUCAGUAUUUUCCCCUCUCCGUAUGCCUCGCUGCACCGGACUGCUAGUCAACUUGAUCCGAACUUAGCCAACUGCGGUUCAGGUCCUGAGGAUGCGUUGAACACGAACCGGAGCAAUCUGCAGUCAUCUCCGGUCAACGCUCAUAUGGGGCCGACGGUAUCAAAAUUAGCCAAAUCAGACGCAUUCCACUGUGUGCAAGCAGCCGAGCCGGAUCACCUAGGAAAUCACCCAUGCAAACCUUACAAAUCCACCCCAUUUGGGCAAAAUGUCAUCAAAUCCGUAUCCGAGUCAAUUUCAGCCCCGCUGAAUGUAGACCUACAAGGGAAUACUGCUAACGGGAUAGUUCACAACACAUUACGCAAGACAAGGUCAGAUAUGAAGGUCAUCCACCGAUAUUUGAUGCAAGUUAAACACGACACACGUGAUAUCCAUCUGAUACCUCAUUACGAACUGGAUCAGUAUAUUCAGGACUUCGUGCUGACGGCUAAAAAGAAGGACGGCCAUGAAUACGAGCCAGAAUCCCUGAAGGCAUUUGUGCAUUCUUUGGAGCGCCACUUGAAACACCACGACUAUCCACACUCGGUGCUGAAGGGAAAUGCGUUCGCCGGCACAAGGACGGUGCUCAAUCAAAGACUUAGUGAGUUGCGCGCGCUGAGCCGGUCUGGGAGCUCUACUAUGAGCACUCUCAAUUCAUGCACGGCGGGUGCCAAACGACCUACAGAGCAACCCAGUGUGGAGUCUGCCAGUCUAUCCUACGGAACGAAGAGAUCGCUGGUGGGACGAACUUUCACUCCAGCAGGUCUGAUGCAAGCUGGUCUGCUUGGUAAAGACAAUCCACAAGCAAUUCUGAACAGUUUGUGGCUAAUGAAUCGGACCCAGUUCAACAUUGGCGGUACCCAACGUCAUCGGAAUCUAGUGUGGGGACAGUUCCAAUUGGUCACUGACGAAACAGGCACGAAGGCCAUAAAGUUCACUCCGUUGUUCGAAUCGGCAGAGGUGCGGUACUGCCGUGGAUAUGGAGGUAUCAAAGGAUGUAGUUCGGAUGUCACAGGCCGUUCUGCAGGAUCAAUGCAAGCUUUGAGCUGCACCGGGACAGCGAAGAGACAACCACUACCCUUCAAUUGUGUUGAAUUGUUUGAAAUAUACGGCAGCCACAGGCCACCUGACGCUUGCGGGGUCUCUGAGCCAUUCUACUUAUGCCCGGAGCCGCUCUGGGAACAAAACGGAAACUGGUUCAAAACAAAUGCUGCUGGCUCGCAACUUUUGGCUCGUAUUCCUCGUCUUUUGGGGUUGAAACCAACCAGAGAACCGGUCCAGUCUAGUGCAUCUGCGGUGGGCGAUUUCUCACAACUGCACAAAGGUCCUUAUGAGAUUAUUCAACAUACAGUCAACAGUGCCAAAUAUGAUUCGUCCAGUCCAGGGAACGGUCAAUCGCUGUACCCCAUAUUCGGUGGACAGAUGUUCGAGAAGCAAUCAGUACAGAUACAAAAUCAAACACGAUACACGUUUCCUACCUCAUGCUCUCCACUAGCGCAGAGCUUCUUCAACUUCUUUCCACUAAUGUUUCCACCAGGUUCAGACCCCGUGCCAAUGUCAACUACUUCCCAGUUCCCGUGCUUACCUCCCCCGAAUACCGCUUACUCGGACGUCAUGUCAACCGAUGCAGGUUCGCUACUGCCAGUGAACGCUGAGAAGGACCACGAGGCUCAGGGACUUAUACAGAACAGGCCAAUCCGUUCAGAAAAACACGAGGCGGAUGAAUUAAACCAAUCGGAUCGUCAGCACUCGAGCGAACAAGCAUUUUCGCCGGAGAGGUACAAACGGUCCCCCGGGCAGCAGUCAGGAUGUGACGCAGUGGCUGUCAGUUCCAACGGGACAAUUUCUCCGACAGACGCAGAAAACUUGUCGCUAUCAGGUACCUCUCCGCGAGUGACCGGUUCGGCCCUAGACAUAACCCAACCGAACCAACCAACGUCUCGAUUGCGAACGGACACAGGAGGAAUAAUGGGUGGUCCGAAUUCGAAGGAAGCCUACAGUCCUCAGCACUCUAGUGAUUCGCACUCCUCUCGACCACAUUCCGGAGCAAGUAGGUUCAGUCUAGUAGAGUCAUCUGAGUCUCUAUCGCAAAAUGAAAAUCAUGUGGAUGCCGGCCCGGCGCACACAUUGGAGCAGCGAACUGAACCAAAUCUUCCUAAUGAAGCACUCAAUUUGACCAGCAGUAAACUUGAGAAAUCCAAGUAU